AUGGCGAGCCAGGAAGCAGUCGGCGCACCGCCGGAGGUGAAGGCCGAAGCCGAAGCAAAGAAGCCCACGAAGCAGCAAAUCGAUCCCUACAACGUUGCCGGCGAGGUCGAUGAAAGCGGCAAUGUCCAAGCAAUUGACUACGACCGCCUGAUACAAGAGUUUGGAGUCCAGCCGCUCACCGACGAGCAUCUCCAACGCUUCGAGAAAGUCACGGGCAAGCCGGCACACCGAUUGAUGAGACGGAAACUCUUCUUCAGUCACCGAGACUUUGACAAGAUCUUGGAUGCGUAUGAGAAGGAUGGAAAAUUCAUGUUGUAUACCGGCAGGGGGCCAAGCAGUGGGAGCAUGCACUUGGGCCACACUGUUCCCUUCCUCUUCACCAAGGAACUACAGGAGCUCUUCGAUGUCCCACUGGUGAUCAUGUUGACGGAUGAUGAGAAGUACCUCUACACACGGAAUAAGAAUGAUGGACACCAAAAGCCUGGCAAUGCAGUGGAGGAUUUCCUUACCUUCGCCCACGAGAACAUCAAAGACAUAAUAGCAUUGGGCUUCGACCUGAAAAAGACCUUCAUCUACAGCGACUACGAAUUCCUCGGCGGCCACUUCUACCUCAAUACAUCAGAGUUCGCGAGCAUGGUCACUUUCAAUCAGGCUUCCGGGGCCUUUGGAUUUGGAGGCAGCACAAACAUCGGCCUGAUCAACUACGGCGCCGAGCAGUGCGUCGCCGCAUUCCCCUCCUCAUAUCCAGAUCUGUUCGGAUACAAAGACUAUCGAGCACCGGACUACGACCUCAGUGCCAAGCGACGACACAAAGCACUUGCAUCAAUCCCGACACUCAUUCCCUGUGCCAUCGACCAAGAACCCUACUUCCGCAUUCUUCGAGACCGAUGUGAACGCAUGACCGAUCCUCAUCCGAAGACCUCUCUCAUCAUGUCCAAAUUCCUCACUGCGCUGCAAGGAGCUGGAGGAAAGAUGAGCGCAUCCGAUCCCAACUCCGCCAUUUUCAUGUCCGACACCCCUAAUCAGAUCAAGAACAAGAUUAAUCGGCACGCCUUCUCUGGGGGGCGGGAAAGCCUGGAAGAGCAUCGCAAACACGGCGGUAACCCUGACAUCGAUGUUGCCUUUACCUACCUCAGCUACUUCCUCGAGUCUGAUGCGGAGCUCGAAGACUUGGCCCAGAAGUACCGUUCGGGGGAAAUGCUUACGGGCGAGAUGAAAGCGAGAUGUAUUACCGAACUGCAGAAGUUCGUGGCAGACUUCCAAGAGCGACGGGCAAAAGUCACGCACGAGGUCAUGCGACAGUACAUGACGCCGAGGAAGUUGGAAUUCGCGGGUAAUCCCAAUGCUACCAGACCCAGUGCAAAGGAAGAGGCAGUGAACGGAAGUGAAAACGGUACUGCCCCAGCGGCAGAGGCAUCCGCGGCGAGCAAGGAUGGCAGGGGAACGAAAGGGGAGCGUAAAGCGGCGAAAUUGGCAGCGAAGAAGGAUCAGAAGCUUGCUUCACGGCCGAAGGCAGAUGAUGCGGCAGAGCCUGCGCCUCAGUGA